GAAACCGAUUAAAUAUGGAUCAACUAUCGCGUUAUUUCACGUACCUACUAGAAAAUAUUUAUCUACUAAAGGGGUCAAAUAUCCAAAUCAUGAACAAUAUAUGGUCGUUUGUACUGGUCAAGAAAUAGAUUAUAAACAUGACCUUUGGACGGUUUACGAUAAGAGCAACUACUCCGGAGAUUCUUUAUAUAUUAGUGCUGGUUUCAUAUUUAAACAUAAAGAAACAGGCGGAUUUUUGCAUUCCCACGUUACCCAAUUUGGGAAAACUCCAAAAUCAAAUUAUCAGCAAGUAACCCUUUUGGGGGGAGAUGACUCUCAUUGGAUUAUCCGGCAUUAUAGUUCUAAAGUAGAUUAUAACUAUCUAGACCAUUUAAUGGACGGUGAUAUUAUUAGUCUCUUUCAUAAAGUUACUAAUAUACCACUUUAUAGUCAUGAUGUUCUGUUGGAUGAUAGAACUCAAGAGGUUUCUUGUUAUGGGGACGGAUUUGAAGAUAAUAAUAUG